GGCCAUGGGGGCCAACGGCACGGGAGACUUCUCCUCCAACCAUACCUGUCCUCCUCCUGAGCGGGAGCCAGUCCGCAACUUCGCCGCGUUGGUCUUCGGAAUCUUCCUCAUCCUCUUCAUCAUCAGCGGGAACUUGCUGGUGUGCCUCAGCGUCUGCACGGAGAAAGCGCUGAAGACCACGACCAAUUACUUCAUCGUCAGCCUCGCCGUGGCCGACCUCCUUUUAGCCAUCUUGGUGCUGCCUCUUUAUGUCUAUUCUGAGUUCCAGGGAGGUGUUUGGUCCUUGAGCAUGGUCCUGUGUGAUGCCUUGAUGACCAUGGAUGUUAUGCUGUGCACUGCCUCCAUUUUCAAUCUCUGUGCAAUCAGCGUGGAUCGGUUCAUUGCUGUCUCCAUCCCCCUGAACUAUAAUCGACGACAGAUUGACCUGCGCCAACUGAUCCUCCUCUCCACCACCUGGAUCCUUGCUUUUGCAGUGGCAUCCCCAGUUAUCUUUGGCCUCAACAAUGUUCCAGACCGGGAGCCAUCUUUGUGCCGUCUGGAGGAUCACAAUUACAUUGUGUAUUCCUCCAUCUGUUCCUUCUUCAUCCCUUGUCCUGUCAUGCUGGUCCUCUACUGUGGCAUGUUCCAAGGACUUAGGCGCUGGGAGGAGGCCCGGAAAGCCAAGCUGAAGAGUAGUAUUUAUUUGGGCAAUAGGCGGCUGUAUUGUCCACCACCUGUCAUUGAGAGGAACCAGGAGGAUAUCAAGGCAGAGGAACUCGACCUCUAUGCCUGCUCCGAUUGCUCUUUUCCCAGGGAUUACAAGAACAGUGGCAUUCAAACUGUGUCCUACCCACACAUCAAAUAUGCACCAAAUGGAGGACUCAGAAGGAAACCAGCUAAAAUCAAUGGCAGGGAAAGGAAGGCCAUGAAGGUGCUUCCAGUUGUGGUUGGUGCUUUCCUUUUCUGUUGGACUCCUUUCUUUGUGGUGCACACAACCAGAGCUCUCUGUGACUCCUGUAUCAUUUCCGGCGAAGUAACCAGCAUUGUCACAUGGCUGGGCUAUGUCAACAGCGCCCUGAACCCUAUCAUCUACACAAUCUUCAACACUGAGUUUAGGAAUUACUUCCGCAAAGUUUUGCACAUCUUCUGCUAACCCUGCUGGAUUCUUCA